CAGUGAUUCUAUCGACUCAAUCAGCGAUUGAUUUAACAGGCCGAAAUGUAACGCACGCGCAAACCCAGUUCUUCCUUUCUGCUAAAUUCUUCGCCAUGGCUCCUGUGAAGAAACAGAGCAACAAAAUCAACAAAGGCUCCAAGGGUGGCAAGAAGAAGAAGCAGGUCCUGAAGUUCACUCUGGACUGCACCCACCCUGUUGAAGAUGGCAUCAUGGAUGCUGCCAACUUUGAGCAGUUCCUUCAGGAGCGCAUCAAGGUGAACGGGAAAGCUGGCAAUCUGGGUGGCGGUGUGGUGUCUAUUGAGAGGAGCAAGAGCAAGAUCACUGUGUCCUCUGAGGUCCCCUUCUCCAAAAGAUAUCUGAAAUAUCUGACCAAGAAGUACUUGAAGAAGAACAACCUUCGCGACUGGCUGCGUGUUGUGGCCAACACCAAGGAGAGCUACGAGCUGCGUUACUUCCAGAUCAACCAGGAUGAGGAGGAGGAAGAGGAUGAGGAUUAAACUUUGUCUGCUGGAUUUUGUACAUUCAAUAAAUUCUUAGAGUAC